AUGGGGGUUAUCCCAGUCACAGGAGGGCCCCGUCGGGUGUUGGGGCACCAAGCUCAGCAGAGUCGAUCCAGCCACAAAAUGGUGGUGAACGACCAAGAGCCAUUCACCAUGAAAAGACAAGAUGACAUGCUGGAGAGGCUGGAUGCCUUACUUGUGGCUUUCUGGCGCAAGCUGGGCGAACGACAGGCUGCAACAAACCCUCCAGUCGAACUCUCACCGACGACACUACCCCCACGUGCACGGAUCAGAGGCACGAGGAACCAAAAACGGCACGCCAAAAACAGCGAGACUCCAUAA